AUGCCAUCUGUACCAGCAUUAUUAACAGUAAUAAUGAUGAUAAUUUAUGGUGGUGUGGAAGUAGUGAAAUGUUUAGAAAUGUUUGAAAAUGAUCCCGAGAAUGUUGAUCGAGAAAUUCGAACAUUGUGCAGUCUUAAUCCAACUUUUAAUAUUUGUGCUGAGCAAGCUAUGGAUAAACGAAAGUCAAGUUAUAUGCGCUUCGGACGAUCAUAUCCUGCUAUUCUAGAAACUGAACCACAUUUGAGUGAGAAGCGAAAGAGUGCAUAUAUGAGAUUUGGAAAACGUUAUGUAGAUUUCAAUGAUUAUGUUAAAAGAAAAUCAGCAUAUAUGCGAUUUGGUCGUUAA